CCAAAAUUUUAUAUGAAAAAUAGCAAAAUCAACAAUAACCCUUAAAAAAUAAAAGAGGGUUAUAUUUAUAUAUUGUAACGGUGAAAAAUCGUCAUCUACUUCUUCUUGAAACCCUAGUUCCAAAAUCUGCACACACACUCAGAAGAAGAAGACGUCAUCUCUCUAUCUCUGUCUUUCUGCUAAUUUCACGAAGAAUCUGAGAAUAUGCCAACCAUCAGUGUUGGCAGAGACCGUUUGUUCGCUGCUCUUGGAGAAUCCUAUACUCAGGAAAAAUUCGAGGAACUGUGUUUCAGUUUCGGUAUCGAGCUUGACGAUGUGACUACUGAAAAGGCAAUAAUCAGAAAAGAGAAGCACAUCGAUGAAGAAGCUGAUGAUGAUGAAGAAAUCAUCUACAAGAUUGAAAUUCCUGCCAACAGACCUGAUUUGCUUUGCCUCGAAGGGCUUGCUCAAUCUCUUCGCGUUUUCAUCGAGAAACAGGAGAUACCAACGUAUACUCUUGCUGACAUUAGCAAAGACAAGAUCCUUCAAAUGAAUGUUAAACCUGAGACAUCGAAGAUUCGUCCAUUUGUUGUAUGUGCUGUUUUAAGAGGUGUAACCUUUGACGAGGCUCGUUACAACAGCUUCAUUGAUCUUCAGGAUAAGUUACAUCAGAAUAUUUGCAGGCGAAGGUCCUUGGUUGCUAUUGGAACUCAUGACCUUGAUACAUUGCAGGGUCCUUUCACAUACGAGGCUUUGCCGCCAACGGAUAUAAAUUUUGUACCUUUGAAGCAAACAAAGAGCUUCAGGGCUGACGAACUUAUUGAAUUCUACAAGUCUGAUAUGAAGCUGAAAAAGUUUCUACACAUAAUCGAGAAUUCACCCGUCUUCCCUGUUUUAUACGACAGUAAGAGAACUGUGCUGUCAUUGCCACCUAUUAUCAAUGGUGCACAUUCAGCAAUUACCUUACAGACAAAGAAUGUCUUCAUUGAAUGUACUGCAACUGAUUUGACGAAGGCCAAGAUUGUUUUGAAUACAAUGGUUACAACCUUCUCAGAAUUUUGUGCCAGAAAAUUUGAGAUUGAGCCUGUUGAAGUUACAUACGACGAUGGAAAGUCAUACAUCUAUCCGGAUUUAGCUGUCUAUGAUAUGGAAGUUCCUCUCUCUUUCAUUACAGACUCAAUUGGAGUCUCUUUAAAGGUGGAACAGGUUACAAGUCUGCUGACCCGAAUGCAGCUGCAAGCUGAGCAAGCAAAAUCUAGUGAUAACCAGUGUGCCAUCAAAGUACAUGUACCCCCCAGCAGGAGCGACGUUCUCCACCCUUGUGAUGUUAUGGAGGAUGUUGCCAUUGCCUAUGGUUUCAAUAACAUUCCAACAAGAAAGCCUGCUUCGAUAAAACCACUGACUUUGAAUGAGCUCACUGAUCUUCUAAGAAUAGAGAUUGCGAUGUGUGUGUACACGGAGGUGGUAACGUGGCUACUAUGCUCACAUAAGGAAAACUUUGCGAUGCUAAAUAGAGAGGAUGUUAAUUCAGCCGUCAUAGUUGGGAACCCGCGGUCUGCUGAUUUUGAGGCCAUGAGGAGGGCUCUCAUGCCCGGAUUAUUGAAGACAGUUGGUCACAACAAUAAAUACCCUAAACCAAUUAAGAUUUUUGAAAUCAGUGAUGUGGUCAUGUUGGAUGAGAGCAAAGACGUUGGUGCAUCCAAUCGUCGCCAUCUCGCUGCACUAUACUGUGGUGCUACUUCUGGAUUUGAGCUUAUCCAUGGCCUGGUCGAUAGGAUCAUGGAAGUGAUGGCAAUACCAUUUCUAACAAUCCAUGAAAAUAACGUACCAAUCAAUGAAAAAGACGGAUACUAUGUAAAGCUCUCCCAAGAACCCGAGUUUCUACCGGGCAGGCAAGCUAGCAUCAUUGUCAGAGGGAAACAUAUUGGUAACUUUGGAAUCGUGCAUCCUGAGGUUUUGAACAACUUUGACAUCCCUGAUCCAUGCUCUUACUUGGAGUUAGACAUCGAAGCUAUCUUAUAGAAAAAGAAACCAACCAAAAUGUUUUCUUCUCUUUGUGCAAUAUCGUUAUCUGGAUUAUUUGAAGUUGUUGAUUUUGUUUGGUUAGAGGAUCUAGAACACGCAUGUCGAGAGAAUUACUACAAAUAUUUAACUGCUCUGCUGUUUUUUACCCCAUUUGUAAGAUCCAGCUUUUAUUUUCAAUUCGAUUGUAAUUUUCAUUUAGAAUUUGUUUAGUUUCUUAACUGACAGCAAAUUUUUUUUUACAAGGGAUAACAUGCCU